UCCUUCUGUGUCCUACAGGUUCAGGUGUCCUGGUCCAGGUGUGUUCCAGUGUGCUUUGACUGGACUGGUGUUUGUUAUGGCUCAGGAGGCGGAGCUGCUGUACAACACUGUCCAAUGGGACGAGAUAGUCCUCCAGUCAGCUGGCAAGAUGGCUGCAGGGCCGCUGUUUGAAAUCAAGUGUUCAGAGGAAGCUGCUGUCUGUCAGCUCCACCUCCCACACUGUGAAAUUAUGGAUGCUCCGCUCCCUGAUGGACUGUUGUCUGUCGUCCACAUCACUGAUGAUGGAAUGAGCAUCGUGGAGCCGCUGGAGAUUACACACACUCAUGUGGUUGUGAAGGUCUGUCACCUCUCUGCCUUCGGCCUGAUCUGGGAUCCCAUCAAAAGGCUUCUGAACAUCAUGCUGCCAAUAACUGGCCAAGUUCUGCUGUUCCUCCGACCUCCCAGCAGAAGAUAUCAAGUACUCAAUGUAUUACUGCUGCCCAGCAACGUCCCUCUAACUGAGGUAAAGCUAUCUGUCAUACGUGUCACCAUCUGCCUAAACUCUUGUUUUAAGAUGCAGCUGUUUCAACAAAGGAGAUUCAGGUCAGUCACACUUUGCUUCUGUUCUUUAUAAACCUUCUCAUGCUGUGGUAAGAAUCAAAAUCAAUCUGAACUCUCAUGUCUCAUGUAUUUCUGCCUGCCAGGGUCAUUUGUGAUUCUUCAAACCGGUGGCGUAAAAAGUCAACAGUGGCCAUAACAAGUCCAAAAUGAAAUACUGAGUAUUCUAAACAGAAAACAACCUUUGUAAUCUAUAUAAACUUAAUGGUUUACCUCUGUGGGGAAAAUGUUAAAAACACUUGCAGUGAUGGAUCACUCUGCUGACAAGUCUUACAGAAAGAGUUCAUGGACUUCUAACACUUGUGUAUUUAUUCCAGUUUCAGUGAAGUACACACAACACACAGUGAUGUAGGAAGAAGUUUUUUAUGGACUCACUUAGUUCCAGAAACUGAAAGACUUUAGAAAUGACCAGCUGAGAGAGGAGGUUUACGGCUCCUGGAAUUGCAGUUGGAAUUAAUAUUUGCUGAAACUAUUAUUUCACUUGGUUGGAGGAUGUGAAUCACCCUCCUGGAUGCAACUUGAACGUCACAUAUUAAAGGUGGAGUAGGGCAUUCUGGAGAGAGAUUGAUUUUUGAGUCUUAUUUUCAGGGUCCGGAUGGACAAAGCACUCAAAGUUAAGAUUUUCCUUUAAAUAAAAUCAGCUGCACAAAAACAUCCUCAAGUCUUCUCCUCAGGUUUUUCUCCUUAUCUUGGUCUUAUAUUUAAGGAAAUGCUUAAAGUUGGUGAAACCGUUGCACAGACGACCUCAGCAACUAAACUGAGGCAAAAAACAUGAGGUACCUCUGACUGCAUCUUAACGGCAACAUGGCUGAGUUUAU